AUGAAUAACAUCAUCAUCAAUAACAACAACAUUGUUAUCAACAAUGGGCCAGCGAUCAACCAGUUCCAGCCACAAUACCCCAGCCGCCGUCAGAGUGAACCAUCCAGCACCCGUUCUCAACCUUUCUCGCACCUCCGAGCAGACCUCAAUCGCCCCCUCCUCACCCUCUCAGAGCGCUUGGCCGACGAACCACAAACUUUUUCCGGUCGGGCGUGGGAGGUGAUGACACAGUGGUGGCGGUCCGUCCGCGAGAGGUGGAGGGUGAUUCGGAGAUGGAAACGCUGGAUGGUUUGCCUGACAGUAGUGGGUAUUGUGUUUGGAAUAGUUGAUCACUUCAUCCGUUGGUGUAAGCGUUAG